AUGGCUGAAGGAGGCAUAGGUGGGAGCAACGAAAGUUUCAUUUCUUUCCUCUUCUCAAUUGCUUCUGUGGCUCUUAUCCUACUAUACAUACCAUGGAUCAUUGGUCAAAUCCGAAGAAUCUAUCUCUAUAGAUGCGCUCCCAAAAAGAUCCAGGCCACUAUGGUCAAUCCAAUCAGCGAGAUGUGGGAUUCUCUAACAUACCUGCCUUUGGUCAUAAAAAAAAAUGUACAGGAUCCGAACAUGGUAAUUGCUGGAUUCAAAUUGUGCAUGAAGGAAAAGAUUUUCUUUCUGCGUUGUGUGAUGCCGAAGUUUCUAAAAUAUGUCUUCCGGCCGCGCAUCUUCGUGCCGCUUUUGUGGUUUGUUUUGUUCUCUUCGACGAUGUAUUCCACACUUACCUUCGAUGCGUACGCCGUUUUGGAGCUGACGAAGUCCGCCUCCACGUCAGACAUCAAGAAGGCCUACCGCACUCUCUCAAAGCGCUACCACCCAGAUCACAACAAAACGGAAGAGGCUCGAUAUAUUUACCUCCAAGUGCGGCGUGCUUACAAGUCUCUUGUCGAUCGCGAGGCCUUCGAGAAGGAAGAGGAGCAAAACCUUCACGAUUAUUCAGUAGGCGUUGCGUUACCACACUUUAUGACGUCUCGUGAACACGACGGUCUGGUGCUGUUCGGUCUGCUUGGCAUCUUGAUUGCGGCGCCGUUAUUUUUAUGGUAUAAAUUAACUAAUGACAGAGAGAUUCCAAAUCUUCUAUGGAAAAUUCGCUUUGACAAGGAGCGCGUGGCGCGCUUUAUGAAGCACUUUGGCAUCCCCGAGGAUCCAAAGUACGUCGAGCGGCGUGAUUCCCGUAGGGCCGUUCUGAACAUCCUCGUAUCUCUUAGAAUAUUGCCCGCCUACACGGAUGAAAGUGUCGUCAACAACUUCCCGCCACUCCUAGAUUUCGUUCAGCGGUGCAUCGACUCUAAAAAUAAUCGUAAUUUGUUGCUCGGGCUUGGUUUGCGCGAGACGGAUAUUGAAGUAUUGCAUGACUCAAUGGUCAGUAAUGGUGUGGAGAUCGUAGAAAAUUUCACACGCGCUGCCGAGGAACGACUCUCGAAAAUGUCGGACUCCGCUGCCGACUCUACGAAACAGCUUACACAGUCAGAGUACCGCGCCAUACGCUAUUUAUUCAGGCAGCACACGGAUCAAGUAGAUAAUGCUCUGAUGAAGUUGAAGGAACAGAUGGGUGGAGCUAACCUGCCGAGUGUUAAAAAGCUCUUGAAUACCCACCAAGAAAUGUAUGACCUACUGGAUAUGAUCUAUAUCAGGGGCAACAAGCCUAGCAGGAAUCAUUUGAACCAGCUUAUGGAGAUGCCGCAGCGCGUUUCAGACUUGGUAGAUGCGAUUGAACCAGACAUCCAAAUUGUCUACCGACGCUACUCCAACUAUCUUAAAAAGAGGAUAGAACAGGAGAGAAAAGAGCGUUAA